AUGGCGACUCAGUACAAAACGAUACACCUGAUUCGUCACGCUCAAGGCUACCACAACCUCGCGAGAACAACUCUCACGGAGCUCCGGCGCUUGAUUCUUUUUGGAGGAUGGCGAACUAUCAAACUUGGGCGUCUCUUGCAACUCUUGAGCUCCAUUUGGCUAUCCAUCUUGUCCCGCAUCGUUCCAUCCUACAGGUUUGAUGCCAGUCUCACUCCUACGGGCUGGCUACAGGUCGAGAAGUGUCGUCAAAUGGUUGUAGCGAGCGGACUGGCUAGCAAAAUCGGAUUAGUUGUAGUCUCUCCAAUGACAAGGACACUGCAAACAGCCGCUGGGGUGUUUGGCGAGCGAGAGAUUUACGACGACAAUGGUGAAGCAAAACCGAUCCUCAUGAAGAAAGGGAAGACGAAUCCUUGCACAAGAGCAAAGCCAUCGACAAAAUCUCCACCAUUUGUAGCGCAAGAGCUAUGUCGAGAGCACAUUGUGAGGGCCUCUCUCUCGUCUUUUUCGUUCCAGAGUUUACUAAUGUCCUCUCGCGCGCGCCAGGCUCAUUCGGCCGCGCAUCGCAGGCGUGAUAUCAGCUCCUACAGCGCGGAGUUCCCAGGGAUUGAUUUCUCGCUCGUCCAACACGAUCAGGAUGUGCUGUGGCGGCCCGGGGUGGAGGAGUCUCUCCAAGAAAUGCAAGAGCGAGCCAAAGCUUUCUUCCAAUGGUUGAUGAGUCGAGAGGAGAAGGAGAUGGCGGUGGUUUCUCAUUCCUACUUCUUGCACGAGUUUCUUAGAGCUAUCAGUGGAAGCUCUACAUCUGAUCUUGGGUGGUAA